AUGGCCCUUAACAGCUUCUUCCACAAUAAGAUCGAGUCGUUAGAGCUAGAGAUCAUCGAACGGAACUCCAAACUAAGAAGAUUGGAGGCUCAGCGCAAUGAUUACAACUCAAGAGUUCGCCUUCUUAGAGAGGAGCUUGGAUUACUCCAGCAACCGGGUUCAUACGUCGGAGAAGUCGUGAAGGUAAUGGGUAGCAAAAGGGUUCUGGUUAAGGUUCACCCAGAAGGAAAAUAUGUCGUCGACGUUGCGGAAAGUGUCGAUAUCUCGAAACUCACCCCCGGCAAGCGUGUCACUCUCCUUUCGGAUUCAUAUAGACUAGAAAGGAUGCUGCCGAGCUCUGUCGACCCUCUUGUCUCUCUUAUGAUGGUCGAAAAGGUCCCCGACAGCACAUACGACAUGAUUGGUGGUCUUGAUCAGCAGAUCAAGGAGAUUAAGGAGGUCAUCGAACUUGGAUUAAAACAUCCUGAACUGUUCGAAUCUCUCGGUAUUGCGCAACCAAAGGGUGUCCUCCUUUACGGCCCGCCCGGUACCGGGAAGACCCUUCUUGCUCGUGCGGUUGCUCACCACACAGAUUGUCGAUUUAUCCGUGUGUCUGGUUCUGAGUUGGUGCAAAAGUAUAUCGGUGAGGGAUCUCGCAUGGUUAGAGAGUUAUUCGUAAUGGCGAGAGAGCAUGCACCCAGUAUUAUUUUUAUGGACGAAAUCGAUAGUAUUGGUAGCAGUCGUGUUGAAGGAAACUCCGGAGGAGAUUCUGAAGUUCAGAGGACUAUGUUGGAGCUGUUGAAUCAGUUGGACGGCUUUGAGCCCACAAAGAACAUUAAGGUUAUCAUGGCGACAAACAGAUUGGAUAUCUUGGACCCUGCACUAUUACGGCCUGGACGAAUUGAUAGGAAGAUUGAGUUUCCUCCUCCAACUGUCGAGGCCCGUGCCGAUAUUCUUAGGAUUCACUCCAGGUCUAUGAACUUGACCAGAGGAAUCGACCUUAAAAAGAUUGCAGAGAAAAUGAAUGGUUGCUCUGGCGCUGAACUGAAGGGUGUGUGUACUGAGGCAGGAAUGUAUGCCCUCCGAGAACGACGAAUCCACGUAACGCAGGAAGAUUUUGAUCUUGCAACGGCCAAGGUUCUUAACAAGCACGAUGACAAGGAAAUGUCAUUGUCCAAGCUGUGGAAGUAG